ACGUGACCCGGGUGGCACCACGUGCUCCCGUCCCUCCCUCAGCCCGGCCAUGGCGGGCGCGGUGGCGGCCGCGGGAUCCGCCGAGCAGCUCCAGCAGCUGCUGCAGUGCCCGGACAGGUCCCUGGUGGUGGUGCAUUUCUGGGCUCCCUGGGCCCCUCAGUGCACGCAGAUGAACGAGGUGAUGGCUGCGCUGGCCCAGGAGCACACCCAGGUCUCCUUUGUCACGCUGGAAGCUGAGGCUGUGCCUGAAGUAUCUGAAAAAUAUGGAAUUAGUUCUGUUCCAACGUUCUUGUUCUUUAAGAACUCACAGAAGGUGGACAGGCUGGACGGAGCCCACGCUCCGGAGCUGACACAGAAGGUGCAGCGGCACGCGGCYGGCGGAGCUCCGACCCCCGGCACCGGCGGCUCUUCCAGCGAGGCGGAGCUCCACGCGCGGCUCCGCARGCUGAUCAACGCUGCACCCUGCAUGCUCUUCAUGAAGGGCUCCCCCAAGGAACCCCGCUGUGGGUUCAGCAAGCAGAUGGUGGAGAUCCUGGGCAAGCAUGGCAUCGCUUUCAGCAGUUUUGACGUGUUCUCAGACGAGGAGGUGCGCCAGGGGCUCAAAGCCUUCUCCAAGUGGCCGACCUACCCGCAGCUCUACGUGGCCGGGGAGCUCAUCGGGGGYCUGGACAUCAUCAAGGAGCUGGAGGCGUCUGGAGAGCUGGACACAAUCUGCCCAAAGGCCCAGAAGCUGGAGGACAGGCUGAAAUCCUUGAUAAACAAAGCUCCUGUGAUGCUCUUCAUGAAGGGAAGCAAACAGAUGGCAAAAUGUGGCUUCAGCAAGCAAAUCCUGGAAAUCAUGAACAACACGGGCGUGGAUUAUGAGACGUUUGACAUCCUGGAGGACGAGGAGGUGAGGGAGCCU